GUCCCCUUUCCAAGCUCAAAACCGAAUACUCGAAACUUGGUCAAUGUUUAGAGACAUUAUGGAUGAUGGAAAUCAGCAAUGUUUCAACCCCAAUACUCCAAGAGGGUCCCACUCUGAUGACGAGAUGAUAUUGGCGUCGAGCUGCCCGAAGAAGCGGGCGGGGAGGAAGAAGUUUAAGGAGACGAGGCACCCGGUGUACAGGGGAGUGAGGCAGAGGAAUGGAGAUCGGUGGGUUUGUGAGGUUCGAGCCCCUAAUAACAACAAUAGGAUAUGGCUAGGCACAUACCCUACUGCUGAGAUGGCAGCACGGGCCCACGACGUGGCUGCAUUGGCACUUAGAGGUAGGAAUGCAUGUCUCAACUUUGCUGAUUCAGCAUGGAGGUUGAGUGUUCCUUCAUCAACAGACACUAGGGACAUUCAGAGGGCAGCAGCCGAGGCAGCAGAAGCAUUCCGAGGGGAGACUAGCAACAUAAACGAUCAUGUUAUGGAAGGUUAUGCCGGUGAGAAUGAGGUUAAAAGUAAUGAUAAUGAGGUUUUGCAGGAAAAUGGUGAAUAUGUGGAUGAUGAGGCAGUUUAUGAUAUGCCGGGGUUGCUGGUUAACAUGGCGGAAGGACUCUUAAUCCCUCCACCUCAGAAUCCAUAUGAAGGAUUCAGCUGGAAUGACUCAGAUAACGAUGAAUGUGAAGUCUCGUUGUGGAGUUAUUCCAUUUAAAACGUAGCUAGCUAGCAAUGCGUAGGCAUUAUCUUUUUACUACUCAUGCCAAAAUUUUAUGAGGCAUCAAAUUUCAAGCAAGAUUAGCUAUGAAAAUAUCUUUGCUAGAAGUAAACAAAUCAUUAAAAGAACUUCAGAGUGGCUUGAAAAACAUACUUCGCACUAGGGAGAUUUUUUUUUUUUGCGCCGGUGUAAUGGUGGUUUUUGACGUAUUGCUGAUUUGCUAUAGCCUGCAUGUCAAUAGCUCAAGCAAAGGUCCCUGAAACAUUAAUAAAGUCUGAAGUUAGAUAAACUUUGCCAAA